CCUUCAUCUGCGCAGUCUGGCUCUCCGUCUGAGUACUUUGCCCCUCCUUUUUCGUCUUUCCUAUUCUAGAAAAGCUUCGUUUUGUUUUUUUUUGCCCUUUUUGCUUUUUUAUUCUUCUCUCCCGCUCCCCUCGAAGUCAACCACCUCUUGAGCUCGUCCAGCCAUGGCUCAUUCCCUCCCAACCCCUUUCACCCCCGAUAGUGAAUUCGCUGCGCUCGAGACCCCCCGCGGUGGGAGUGGUAGUCUGUCUAUCACAGCUCUGGCUCGGUUUGAAUUCGAAGCUGGCAAAGGGAACGAUGGAACCAAGAUCCUCAUGAUCGAGUGGGAAGACGAUGAUGAGCUGAGUCGGUCCUCCUUGCAACCUGGUGGAUCCUGGCAUGUAGAGUGGGAGGGCAAGAAGGCUGUUCUCCCUGCCGAUGAAAAGACCAGCAAAAACACCCGUCGACUGUAUUUUCUACUUCCGCCGCAUGUUACAAUUCCGCCUGUGAUCUCUCUUUCGUACCUCCCGCCGGCUUCUUCUUCUUCUUCUUCUUCUUCUUCUUCUUCUGCGCCGACCACGAACCCGACGGACAAACCGAAUGCGAUACAGCUCAACCCGCUCCCCGCUAUCUUCCCACCAGAGCUCGGGGCGGACGGUCGAUCGGCCGGUAAAAAGGGUGUUCUUCACACGAUAUGGGCAAAGAAACGACUACAGGUGCUGGACAAGGAGAUCCACGAGGAGUCUUUGACCAAUGUAGAAGGAAUCGCAUUCCACAUGGCGCUUCAGGAGAAAGAAUGGAUCGAGAGUAAUUUCGGCAUUGGUCCAGGAGCCGACGCGCUUAAGCAGUCCAUUCAAACCCAAGAUCCGCAAUAUCCAAUGGGUCCUACCACGCCCGUAUCUCCCAGCGGCGGAGGCAAACUGGUGGAGAAGUUGAAGGGACUGAGGCUCCAAACGGGCGAGCGCGAGCUGGCUGCAAAGGGAGAAGGAUUAAACCAUCUACUCUCGCCGCAAUCCCCUGAUGUUGCCGUUUCGUCAUUCACCUCCUUCCACAACAUCCGACCUCCUCCUCCUCCUCCUCCUCCUCAACCGUCCAACCUCCGGGAGUCGCAGGCUGCCGACACAGUAAAGACGGUAGCGCACUAUCCACCACGGUCGAUCCAAGCUCAGCAAACCACAGGGUUCAACACUGGCUUUGCAUCCAUGGGCUCGACCACACACAAUUCCAACUCCGAGGCGGGCGAGGACCUCUUUGCUAAAGCAUUGAGCCCCAGAUCGCCCGAUCUCCCGCGCAGUCCAUUUUCAUUCAGCCCCGAAACAUUGCAUAUGUGACCAUGACAGACCACGACCACGACUACGACCACAACUGAGACCAAAUUUCACACGUCCUACCGGGUUCCCAUUUCUUUCCCCAUAUCUUUUCCCCCCUUAUUUUUUUUUUUUUUUUUUUUUUUUU